GACGUAUCACGCGCGAGACAGCAGCCUCCCCCCAGCUUGGCUGUGGCUCGAUGAAAUAAACAUGACGAUGUUGACAAUUACGAUGUUUUUAAUGGAGCACUCCUAAAAACCGCGGCGUUCGAUACAACGCGUAGGUUGGAUAUUGUGUUUGAGAUUCCGGGAAACCGUCUCGAACGGGGACAAAGCACAGUUUUAACGAGUGGGGAGAAGGCUCGGAGCAGAAAUGCCUCUGCUAUUUCUGGAGAGGUUCCCUUGGCCCAGUCUGCAGACCUACACGGGGUUGACGCUGGUUUUGCUGGCGGGGAGCAUCUUCAGCGCCUACACCACUGUGACCGAUCCUGGCUUUGGGUCUUUGGAAGGGGAUGAGUCCCCAACACCCACCGACGUGGAAUUAGAACACUUGAAUAAUGAUAUUAGUAAUACAGAAUUGGCAAACACUGUCUUGUGGUAUCUGGUAACAGACAGCCUCUUUGUAUGGGUGCUAGUGAAUACAAUCUGCUGCUCCUUAAUGUUAAUUGCAAAAAUGAUCCAAUAUGUGGUGUUUGGCCCUCUCAGAGUCAGUGAGAAACAGCACCUAAAAGACAAGUUCUGGAACUUCAUCUUCUACAAGUUUAUAUUCAUCUUUGGCGUGCUGAACGUACAGACAGUGGAGGAGGUUGUCAUGUGGUGUCUGUGGUUCUCUGCACUGGUCUUUCUUCACCUGAUGGUGCAGCUCUGCAAGGACCGGUUUGAAUAUCUGUCAUUCUCGCCCUCCACUCCCAUGAACAGCCACGUGCGAGUCAUGUGUCUUCUGGUCUCCCUCCUGCUUGGCUGCUGUGGUCUGGCAGUAGUCUGUGGUCUGCUGGGGGCAUCCCAUGGAAUGCAUACCCUUUCUUUCAUGGCCGCAGAGUGCCUGAUGGUGACUGUUCGCACAGGACAUGUCAUCAUGCGGUACUCCAUCCACCUGUGGGACCUGAAGCACCCAGGAACUUGGGAGAGUAAAGGAACCUAUGUCUACUACACCGACUUCGUCAUGGAGUUGGCAAUGCUAUUUCUAGACCUUGUGCAUCACAUUCAUAUGCUGCUUUUCGGUAACAUCUGGUUGUCCAUGGCAAGCUUGGUCAUCUUCAUGCAGCUGCGAUAUCUCUUCCACGAGGUGCAGCGUCGCAUUCGCAGACACAAGAACUACCUUCGCGUCAUCAACAACAUGGAGGCCAGAUUUGCAGUUGCCACUGCCGAGGAGCUGGCAGCGAAUGAUGAUGACUGUGCCAUUUGCUGGGAUGCCAUGGUGUCAGCACGCAAGCUUCCCUGUGGUCAUCUCUUCCACAACUCUUGCUUGCGCUCUUGGCUGGAGCAGGACACCUCGUGCCCCACUUGCCGCACGUCCCUCAACAUCAACGGAGAAGGCGAGCAGGCGACAGGCCAGCAGCAAGGCGCCCGCAUGGAGGACAACACCGGCCCCCCUGGAGCCGCUGCCGAUCAGAGGCCACACAUCAAUCAGCACAAUCACUUCUUUCACUUCGAUGGGUCACGUAUUGCGAGCUGGUUGCCUAGUUUCUCAGUAGAAGUGAUGCACACCACCAACAUCUUAGGGAUUGCUCAGGCUAACAACUCUCAGCUGACAGCCAUGGCCCAUCAGAUCCAAGAGAUGUUCCCUCAGGUUCCCUCCUACCUGGUUAUGCAAGAUCUUCAGCUAACCCGCUCUGUGGAGGUCACCACUGACAACAUCCUGGAGGGACGCAUCCAGGUGCCUUUCCCUCCACCCACACAGGCCAUUGAGCGUGGUGCAUUGCAGGUGAGUCCUGUACCCGAUGAACAGGCGGGGCCCAGCGGUGCCGGCAGUGCCACUGAAGGCCCCAGCGAGCCUGACAACAUGGAAGCCCGAGGUGGUCGCUUCUCUAAAUCAGCUGAGGAGAGGCAGACGAUGUUAAAGCAGCGGAAAGAGGAGCUUAUACGGCAGGCGCGCAGGAGAUACCUGACCAAGAGCCCAGAGGAGCGGGAUGAUGAUGUUCCCAGCCUGGAGGAUGAGGAGGAAGUUGUAGACUCAACAACGCUGAGGCGACGAUCCAUGGCGGCAGCCGCGCAGAGACGAAUGCAUCAGGGUGCAGAACCCUGAAAACCCAGCUUCAAACUUCAGCAUCCACAGCAAAGGCAUGACAUGAAUGAUGGCAGUGUUUUUAACUCACCCCCUCUCAUACAGUACAGUUGCUGGCUGCCGUCACUUAAUCUUAAGGCCAAACUAUUGAAAAUGGCGUCACCAGUUGCAACUAAACUAAUGGGAGCAUUGUGUAUAUCAAUGCUCUUUGUGUACGUGCCACACAUUGUAAGCAGCAGCUUGAGCAGGCAGGAAGCUACAAUGUAGUUGGGCUGCCGGCUGAGAAAAUAUAAGAGCAUGUGUUGCAUUCAGAGAAACUGAGUCUUUGAAAAGCUCUUUGACCUUUUUUUUUUCCUCUUAGGAUUCUUAUGUUCUGUUUUGGUGGGGAAAACAUAUCUGAUGUAUUUGUGGGUUAUUUUAUAGCUCUCAACUGUGAACUGCAGUAAGUGUAGGCAAAAUACAUAUUUUUUUCUUCCCUUCUUACCUUGGUGUAAGAGAAUGUCACUUUAGUAUUUUUCGGUCAGGACAUGAAUGUUUUUAAUGCUGCAAACAGAAGUGUCGGCAGUGUAUCAUUUCCAUCCGUUAUUUAACCAGCAAGGGUGUAUAGGCAUGUACAUUUUUUGGUUUCUAAUAUUAUUCUCUUGUAAGGGGAAGUAUUGUUUGGUAUUCGUCCGAUGGGUUUCCUUCCUUAAACCACUGUCGCAGUUGAUAAAUUAUUUUCCGAGUAUUUGGCAACUCAUCUCUGUUUCUAUCAUUUUUUAAUAAGAAAAGGGUAUGUAGAAAUGUUUUGCCUUUGUCUAUUCAAAUUGGCGGGUGGGGGGCAUACCAGCAAGCAACAUUAUCUUAAACUGGAGAUGUUUUUGUCAUUCAUUAUAGUGCAACAAGAUGGAUACAUGGUCCAGGAAAGAGUGAGUUAAACGUAUUGGGGAUUUUUAUAACAGUUAUCUUUGAGGAUAUAUUUGUUUUUGGAAUUGUACAGUGGGCUGGAUCAAAUGCUGUUUAUGGCCCAGUGCCCCCAGGUUCACCACUCUUGCUGUAAAUGCUGGCAUAGGAUGCAGUUUGCUCACUAUUUGGAUGGGAUGUUUGCGAUAUGAUUUGGAUAGGUGAAAACAAGACUCAUUUGUUUUCUAUUCACCGGUAGUUACAUAACACUUAAUUUCUAACAGUUUUCUGAAUUUAUAGAGAAGAAUUUAUCAAAGAUGCAGAGACAUUUUUGGACUGAACGUUACCAGUGUAAAUGUGCCUACAAAUGAAGAUGUUUCUCUCAUGGGUCAUUUGUGUAAAUGUAGUUUUUUUGUAAAUUAUAUACAGAAUACACAUUGCAAUCAAUAAAAAAAGAGUGGCUUCA